GCGCUGCCGCCGCUGCUUAAAGGGGCCGCGGGCUGUGCGAGAUGUUCCCCACUGGGCUCUAGGAUGUUGGAGAACCGAGAGGAAGAGCUGACCACGGUGCGGGUGCAGGAUCCCCGCGUGCACAACGAGGGCUCCUGGAAUUCCUACGUGGAUUACAAGAUCUUCCUGCACACCAACAGCAAGGCUUUCACCGCCAAGACCUCGUGCGUGCGGCGCCGCUACCGGGAAUUCGUCUGGCUGAGGAGGCAGCUCCAGAAAAACGCUGGAUUGGUGCCGGUGCCGGAGCUGCCGGGAAAAUCCGCGUUUUUCGUGGGCAGCUCCGAUGAGUUCAUCGAGAGGCGGCGCCAGGGGCUGCAGCAGUUCCUGGAGAGGGUGGUGCAGAGCGCCGUGCUGCUCUCCGACAGCCGCCUGCACCUGUUCCUGCAGAGCCAGCUGCCCGUGGCUGCCAUCGAGGCGUGCGUGCAGGGCCGGGGCCCGCACUCGGUCACCGAGGCCAUCCUGCACUACGCCAUGCGCGGGGACGGCCAGGCCCCACCCACAGCCAGCUGUGCCAGCCUGGAGAGCUUCCCCUACUGGAGUGACUUCGGCAUGGACGAGGCACGGCCGGAGAGCCCGGCCGGACAGCGAGUGACCCCUCUGGACAGCCCAGAGAGUCCAGCUGGACACGGAGUGACCCCUCUGGACAGCCCAGAGAGUCCAGCUGGACACGGAGUGACCCCUCUGGACAGCCCAGAGUGUCCAGCUGGACAGGGAGUGACCCCUCUGGACAGCCCCGAGUGUCCAGCGGGACACGGAGUGACCCCUCUGGAGAGCCCAGAGAGUCCAGCUGGACACGGAGUGACCCCUCUGGACACCCAGGAAUGUCCAGCUGGACACGAAGUGACCCCUCUGGAGAGCCCUGAGGAGCCCCAGAGUGUUCAGCUGGACACAGAGUGACCCCUCAGGACACCCAGGGAUGUCCAGCUGGACACAGAGUGACCCCUCUGGACACCCUGGAAUGUCCGGCCGGACACUGAGUGACCCCUCUGGACAGCCCAGAGUGUCCAGCUGGACACUGAGUGACCCCUCAGGACACCCUGGAAUGUCCAGCUGGACACGGAGUGACCCCUCUGGACACCCAGGAAUGUCCAGCUGGACACGGAGUGACCCCUCAGGACACCCUGGAAUGUCCAGCUGGACACGGAGUGACCCCUCUGGACACCCCCAGGCCCCGCCACCCUCGCUGGGAGAGGGAUCAGUGCGGAGCCACUGGGAUGGACUGGGAGCACUGGGAAUGCGGCCCCAGCCCUGCCCGAGCUCUUUCCCAGCAGAUUCCCAAUAUUCCCUGAUAUUCCCAGCAGUGUUUUCCUCACUCUGCUCCUGGCUCAAAUCCUCUGGAAUUCCCAAACUGGGCUCUGAUCCCUCUGGAAUUCCCAAACUGGGCCAAUCAGAGCUGAGUUUCCCGCCGGGAAAAGGGAGGGAUGGGGCUGGAAUUUGUGUCCCCUUCCCGCUGGGGCUGUUCCAGGGAUUUUUGGGAAAGCAGGAGCAGCUCGGGGGGGAUUUGGGGUCCUCCCCUCCCUCAGCACUUGGUGUGAGCAGGAAAUAAAAAUAAAUAAAAAUUUAAAAAUAAAUAAAAAUAAAUAA